AUGAGCAAGCCCCAAACGCCAUGGUCCGAGGCAACUCCAGAAAUCGUCGUCACCGAACCGAGUGACAGCGACUGUCUCUCCGAGCUACCAGAAGCACCAUCGCAAGACUCGGUUUACUCGACUGCAAGUUCUAACGUGGACGAAGCUGACUCCGACACGUCAAUCGUUGAUGUCGUACCGAUGCAAUCGAGCGGAUCUAUAGCUCUUCUCCUAACUGCGCAGUCGACCGAUAGCGACGAGUCAGAUGAAAGCUCUCAGCACACUCUCUCGUCGACGGAAGGAAAGCUGAUGCAUGAUUCCUUGGAGAAUGAUCAUUCGGAAAGUGAUCUCCAAAGUGCCGGAGAAAAGCAUUUGCAAGAAGCCUCAGAAGACAGCCUCUUAAGCAGAGAUCUUGGAUCGAGCGUCAGCCCAGAGGCUUCAGUCCCUGCUGAUGUGAUAGAAGAGGCCAACCUGUCCCUCCCUCGCGACUCCUCGGCCUCAUCUCUUGUCAUCCCAGAGUCAUUUGGCGUCAACGAAGAAACAAUACUGUCUGAACAGCCACCAUACCCAUCGGAUAACGAGCAUGAAGUAUCUUUAGAUACCGACGUAUCCGACGAUUCAGUACACUUCACAAUCUCGAACGAGUCUGCGAAGCACCUAGGACUCGAUGUCUCUCAAGGACGCAGAGAAUCCGACGAAAGAAAUGAAGAACCUUCAGAGACCCCCGCUGAGAAUGCGUUGACUGCGCCCAUAAUACCACUUCAGGUUCCAAGAGUAGCCACGUAUGCAGACGCAACAAACCUGGCAAGGCGGUUUCCUGACCUAGCGUCAAGAAUUUUAGAGUCACCAUUAGCUGUACGACUGCUCCAUUCAGACGUACCUUUGGUGUCCAACUCUCCUGAGCCAUCGGCGCCUGUCAUCAUUAAUGAGUCCACAGCUCGUAGACCUCGUCGGCGCCACUGGAGGGGUAAGAAAACUGGAGCAACAUCCCGCCAGCGCCAGCGGCCUAACGCAGAGACUGAGGCGACAUCGCCAGUUCGCGCAAUCACAUCUCCGUCGCAUGCUGAAGUCGAGUCUUCUCUCAGGUCUGAUCUGACAGAAAGCAUCUCUGAGGCAGCUCCUGACUGGGCGAAUGCACCCCCUGAACCGACAUCGGGACGUGCUUCCCUGCAGACAAAUCGUGACCACUCUGGGCGCGGACGCCGACCUCGGGGUGGGAAGAAACCAAGAAAACUAAAGCAGAGCUAUAAGGGCAGCAAUCAUGAGGCAAGUUCUGUCAUGAAUACUAGCACGAUAGCUUCCCCGGAGUCCUGCGACUCCGUACGUCCUCAGAGGAACGGCUACGACACGGGCGAUACCAUAGAUGAUUCGACUGCUGUUCCCCCUCAACAGAAUACUGCAACUACCUACCAGGGGAGAGGCUAUGCUGCCAAACCUUCUCGACGGGGCCUCAACUUCGAGGCCGCUAAACCGCUUCUAUAUUCAAAUGAGACGACUUAUAAUACGGGCUCUCGCCUUCUCGAUAGGAUUUCGCCAAUUCAAAUAGCACACCCUGCACUGGCUUUGACGAAGGAUGCACAAAGGCGAAAUGUGCGGGCUAUGAUGGACGACGCUAGUGCUACUAUUGAUCUUUCUUCUAUGGCGAAAGUGACUUGGCCGUCGACGGGCUACUACGCUCGCGGGGGCGGGAUCAGGGACGGCUCUCCGAUUGUCUCGGGCGGAUAUCUCAAUCUCUCACCAGAAGGCGGCGACUUGACUGCUGCUGCUUCGGACGAGUAUUGCUACUUGGCUGCCUCUGGGCUUGUCACUGCGAUGAAUAACCCGAGGGUGUCCUGAGGAGAUGGCACAAACAAUGGGCGUUUCACGGGUGAUCGCACACAAUGGGUACAUCAGCGGAAGUGAUUGAAGGUGGUUCGGUUUCUGGAUUUUAGUUCUGGUCUUUGUAAAGGAUUCCGUUAUAUCGACACUGUACGUAUACACUGAGGAAGAGUUCUACCG